CAAGUGACAGAUCUAUUUUUUGGGGUUAGCGCGUGCGAUGUGUUUACAUUUUGUAUUUUCGAUGAUAAUUAUUUCAAUUAAUUUAAACUGAUACAUGAAACUUAAAUCAAUAAUAUAUUCCUAUGUGCUCUAUCAUGACUCUGCCGCAGAAAAAAUAUUAUAGACAACGUGCACAUUCAAAUCCAAUUGCUGAUCAUUGCUUUGAAUACCCUGCUCAUCCAGAUGACUAUGAUUGGUCGAAUUUAUAUCCCAUAAUAAGAACAGAAAAACCUUUAGGAAGAGUAGAAUUUCUAGAUGUUGGCUGUGGAUAUGGCGGGCUUCUAGUGACUCUAUCACCAAUGUUCCCAGACAAUCUAAUGCUAGGACUGGAAAUUCGUGUUAAGGUGUCUGAUUAUGUAAAUGAUAGGAUUCUAGCACUAAGGACACAAAAUGCAGAUCAAUAUAACAAUAUAGCUGUACUGAGAACAAAUGCUAUGAAAUAUUUACCAAACUUUUUCUAUAAGGGCCAGCUAAAAAAAAUGUUUUUUCUAUAUCCAGACCCUCAUUUUAAAAAAGCUAAGCAUAAAUGGAGGAUUAUCAAUAAGUGGCUUCUAUCUGAAUAUGCAUAUGUAUUAGCGGAGCAUGGUAUUGUAUAUACAAUAACAGAUGUAAAAGAUUUGCACGAUUGGAUGGUUACCCACUUUGAAGAGCAUCCAUUAUUUGAAAGAAUUUCUGAAGAAGAUUUAAAAAAUGACAUGAUUGUUGAAAAGCUAUAUGAAAGUACAGAAGAGGGUCAAAAGGUUACUAGGAAUAAUGGUGAUAAAUUUCUCGCAGUGUUCAGAAGGAUACCUGAUACAUUUAUAGGAAAUUAAAAAUAAUAUUGUUAAUAUUAAUUGAAUUAUGGUAAAUAAAAAUGAUAAUAUUUA